CUGACUCAGCCGCCACGCUGACUCAAAACCGUCGAGUGUUAUCGGGUGACCGGUUUUGUAUAGUUAAGUAACCCCGUAUAUUUGGUUUUGCGGUUCGAUGAUGAUUUCGUAUCUCGCUGACAAGUUGAGGGACCUUCGGUGUACUUUUUCCGCUGGUCCUCCAAUACUCGGCCCACUUUACUAGGUUCUCCAUCAGACAAUGAGGCCCACCAGAAUUUCGAUCUUAUACGGCCCACGCAUAUCUUGUUAAUUUCCAGCGCUGCGAGCCUGCACGAACUCACGUAGCCCCGGAGGAAGAAGACUCUCGGUCAAGAGUCAAGACUUCGACCAAUCGACCAACACGAAGCGGCAAAGGAAACGUCACCGUCGCGGCGUCGCCGAUGGAGUCGUCCGCCUCCUCCUCGGCCGCGGUGGCGGCGGAGGGGGCGCCGGCGACGGGGGAGCAGCUGGCGGUGUUCUGGCACGAGGGCAUGGUGGCCCACGACGCCGGCCGCGGCGUGUUCGACUCGGGCCGCGACCCGGGCUUCCUCGACGUGCUCGACCAGCACCCGGAGAACGCCGACCGCGUCCGCAACAUGGUCUCCAUCCUCCGCCGCGGCCCCAUCGCGCGCUUCAUCUCCUGGCACUCCGGCCGCCCCGCCCACGCCGCCGAGCUCCUCUCCUUCCACUCCGCCGAAUACAUAGAGGAGCUCGUGCAAGCAAAUGCCGUUGGUGCCAAGAAGCUGUGUGAAGGCACUUUCUUGAACCCUGGAUCCUGGGGUGCUGCGCUUCUGGCGGCUGGAACAACUUUAUCAGCGAUGAAGCACAUACUAGAUGGACAUGCCAAGAUUGCCUAUGCGUUGGUCCGCCCCCCUGGCCAUCAUGCGCAACCGGACCGUGCUGAUGGUUACUGCUUCCUGAACAAUGCUGGGCUUGCAGUGAAGCUGGCUCUGGAUUCAGGACGCAGAAAGGUUGCUGUUGUUGAUAUUGACGUGCACUAUGGAAAUGGCACUGCGGAGGGCUUCUACCACACAGACAGCGUGCUGACGAUCUCUCUUCACAUGAAGCAUGGUUCAUGGGGUCCAUCACAUCCCCAGAGUGGCUCGGUGGAUGAGAUUGGUGAAGGCAGGGGUCUUGGGUACAAUCUCAAUAUUCCUUUGCCUAAUGGCAGUGGGGAUGCAGGGUAUGAGUAUGCGAUGAAUGAAUUAGUUGUUCCAGCCAUAGAGAAGUUUCGUCCUGAGCUUUUGGUUUUUGUUGUUGGCCAAGAUUCUAGUACGUUUGAUCCCAAUGGAAGACAGUGCUUAACCAUGGAUGGUUAUCGGAAAAUUGGGCAAAUAAUGAGAGGCAUGGCUGAUCAACACAGCAAUGGUCAAAUAUUGAUCGUGCAGGAAGGGGGUUAUCACAUCAGCUAUUCGGCAUAUUGUCUGCAUGCAACACUAGAAGGUGUUCUGAAUCUACAAGCCCCGUUGCUUGAUGAUCCAAUCGCCUAUUAUCCAGAGGAUGAGAAAUACACCAUGAAAGUUGUGGACAUCAUGAAGAAAUGCUGGAAAGAAUCUAUUCCAUUCUUGAAGGACAUAUAGAAAUCCAUUUCUUUUAGAUGCGAGUGCCCUUGAACCUCAAUUUCAUAUCAGUGCACCGUCUAUUCUUAUGGCCUUUUGACUGAAAGUACAUGCAUUCAUUGGAGCAACAUUCGAGUGCUUGUUCCUUUCAUAAACCCCUGAUUCACAAGUUCUCAAUUCACAUUGGUAUUGUACAUACAUCAUGUCAAACUCUACCAUCUUAUAUUUGUGGACCUCAAUUGCUGCGCCUAAUAAGUAACGCUGACUAACAGA